GAAUGCGAGUUAUGUGUAUGAUUGAUUAAAUGCAUUUUACCUGCAUUGACCUACCACCGAUUUGGCUGCAAUGUUUCUGUUUUACUUGUUCCUAUUGGUAGCAGGAGCUCAGGUUGCUGCAGGUUUUGGUUCUAGACAUGAUUAUGUUAAAGACGGACGUAGUGUCGACGGUCCAUUCCCGUCUAACCUAAGAAACAUACCUUACCUGUGCUACCAAGCGCCUUCGAAAGGACCAUGUGGUCUUAUGUUACAUGCUUGGUUCUUCGAUAUUGUUACUAGAAAAUGUAUGCCGAUGUACUACUCAGGAUGUGGGGGCAACGAAAACAGAUUUGAAUCUCAAGCAGAGUGUAAAGCGUAUUGUACAGGCGUUAAAUUACAGUAGAAUUUAAAUGUCUACAUAAAUACCUAAGAAUCUCAAA